AUGAGAUCGCUUGGUCAAAAUCCAACAGAGUCAGAAUUACAAGACAUGGUCAGUGAAAUUGAUGCUGAUGGUAAUGGGACAAUUGACUUUCCAGAAUUCUUGACAAUGAUGGCCAGGAAAAUGAAGGAUUCUGAUUCUGAACAAGAGAUAAAAGAAGCUUUUAAAGUUUUUGAUAAAGAUGGUAAUGGUUUUAUUUCUGCUGCUGAACUAAGACAUGUUAUGACUAAUCUCGGAGAGAAACUUACUGAACAAAAAGUUGAUGAAAUG